UUUUCACGCGGGAAGCAGAAAGUUGUCACGCGAGAUGGCAGGCCGAACCGUAGCGUCUCUCCUCCUUUUGGUGAGUGUGACCUUCGCGAAGCCGGAGAUCCCCCUGUGGGCGGAAGCCAGGACCCAGGAGACCGGAAUACAGGAAACGCAGAUAUUAACCAUUGAGAAUGUGCAGAAAACAGAGGUGACCACCAUCUACCACACCGUCAAAGUUUACCCCACUUGUACCACUACAGUUUCCGGGGUGUCUGCCUGUGCCCCCGCUCACUCCCUCCUCCCAGACCUGACGCACCUCAUCCAGCCCACCAAGACUGACCAGCUCUCGCAACCUCUUCGUACAGCUGUCAAGGACGAAGAGUCCCACAGCCUCAGCGUGGUGGAGAUGGUGUUACCGUCGUGUGAUUGUGUCGUCAAUGACCGUCGCAUUCCCCGGCUUCUCCGAAAUCGGCUGAUCACCAUUUGGUCAACGACGACGAGGACUGUCAACACCGUUAUCACCACCACUGAGCCGUCCACCACAGUCUCCAUCACCUAUGACGGCUGUGUGCCCACCGACGCCCUCACCACCACCGCCUGCAGCAACUUGUAAACUCUCUCUCAAGGGACACAGCAGGAUGCUUCACAUUUAAUUUCCAUGGAUAUUCUGCUAUUUAGGAAUCUCCCGAUAUAAUUUGCCUUAGUGCUGGGAUACUUGUGUAACAAUAAAUGUGUGUGUGUGUGUGUGUGUGUGUUAUUUAUGCUGUUAAUGUCUUUUACCAUUUAAGAUGUUGAAGCUGCCAUUGAUUUAGUUAGGGUAAUUUUUGUAUUGGCAUUCUUUUGUGAGAUUAAGUUUAAGUGAUGUUUUUAUAUACUUUACUAAGGACUCGGUUCACAUGUUUGUGGAUAUGUUUCUAGUACAAAAUACUAACUGCUCCUGUGGCAGUGGACUGUAGUACCCUUGAUGACCCUGAAUCUUUACUGUUUUUAUAUAAAACAAUGAAGUUUAA